AUGACUAUUCGGAAUAUAAGUAUGGAAAAUAGUGAGAACAUAGAUGCCAAUGAAAAUUCCUCUGACACAAAUACAGCAAAUUAUAUUCAGGGGAAGAAUAAUGAAAAUAUAUCAGAUGAAUUGGAUUUUUCAAAAGAAGAAAAUGAAUUAAAUGGAAGCACAAAAAAUGCAAAAUCGAAGCAGGAUAAUUCAGUAAAAACAAAAAAUUCGUCAGAUAACAAUGAAAUUAACAUUGAUUACAGUGAUCACAAUUUUCCAUGCCAUCCAGCUCCACCUGUAUCUAUAAAACUAUUUAUUGGAAGGGUUCCAAAAAAUUUUGAAGAAGAACAAUUACGUCCUAUAUUUGAAGAGUUUGGAAUAGUAAAUGAAGUAGUUAUCAUACGAGAUAAAAUAACAAACAUACAUAAAUCAAGUGCUUUUGUGAAAAUGGCAUCAAUUUCAGAAGCUGAUAAUGCAAUAAGGUCAUUAAAUAAUCAGAGAACUUUAGAUCCACAAUUAGGAUCACUACAAGUUAAAUAUGCUUCAGGAGAAGUUAUGAAAUUAGGUUUUCCACAAAAUAUUGAAUCAGGUGUUGAUCAAGCCAAAUUAUUUAUUGGUUCAUUACCAAAAAAUAUUACUGAAGAAAGUAUAAAAGAAAUGUUUUCUCCUUAUGGUGCAGUUGAGGAAGUUUUUAUUAUGAAAGAUAAUUCAACUGGAUUAGGAAAAGGAUGUUCUUUUGUAAAAUUUGCAUUCAAAGAACAAGCCUUAUAUGCAAUCAACACAUUAAAUGGAAAGAAAACAUUAGAAGGAUGUGCAAGACCUGUUGAGGUUAGGUUUGCUGAACCCAAGUCAGCUAAACAGACACAAAUGCCCUUAACAUUACAGCCUAUGCAAAAUGCACCACAUGGAAUUUCACCACAACCGCACAUUACAAGCCCUAAUAAUAUAAACUUCGGAAAUAAUUUUGGUGUAAACAAUAAUUAUCCUCGACAAGUGGGUGCAUGGAAAGAAUAUUAUUCUGGAGAAGGAAGACCUUAUUACUACAAUGAACAAACAAAUACAACUCAGUGGGAAAUGCCAAAAGAAUUUGAAACCAUUUUUAUGAACAAUACGCCAAAUAUGCACAACCUUUCGGAUUCAUCAGGUCCCCCAGGUGCAAAUUUAUUCAUUUUCCAUGUUCCCAACGAAUGGCAGCAAACUGAUUUAAUCCAAGCCUUUGCUCCAUUUGGUGAGUUGUUAUCAGCGAGAAUAGCCACUGAAAAGAAUACAGGAAGGAAUAGAGGAUUUGCAUUUGUAUCAUAUGAAAAUAUUGAAAGCGCUGCCGCAGCAAUUUCACAGAUGAACGGAUUUAUGGCACUAAAUAAAAAAUUAAAAGUAACAGUGAAAAAAGGAGAAGAAGAAGAAAUGAAAAAGUAUGUUAACCAAAAUGGAAUAAACACAUUUCAGCAAAUUUCUCGUCCACAAAAAAAUAUCCCAACACAACCAAAUACAGCACCACAACCGAACUUUGCUGCUCAUCAAAAUGCCCAAGCACAAAACUUUUUCUAUUCAAAUAGUAAUAGUUAUCGAUGUGGUCCAUAUUGA